UUUCUAUACUGUGGAUCUCUACAUGUCUUUAUUAUAUUGCCCCCAUAAAUUUCCACGCGUACAUAAAACCUUAAAUGUAAGACAUAGCAAAGCUGCAAGUAUGGUUUUUAUUUAAUCAAUACGAAGUUAGUAACUGGCCAAAAACUGCAGCAUGAACAUGCGUCGUAACAGAAACUCAGUAGUACAGUUGACAAAACUUACAUAAAUAAUAUUAUAAGAUUGAACAAUAUAAUAACGCUAGAUUUCCCACACAAACGUCAAUAAGGAAGUGAGAAUAAUGGUGUUUUGUUACAAAAUUAUAACAGAGUCUCCGAGGCGUUCUCGAUGUCCCUCUCCGAAGAAAAUUUCACCGGUAUCCGUUUCGAAUGUUCAAAGCUCAGCUUCAGACCUUAUAGGUUCAAUAGACUAUGAAAGCAGUGGCUUGGAUUCGAUUCCCGCGAGGGAUAUAAAGUUACUACAGGCCUUAGCAAGAAAGAAGGAAGAAAACGAUGAAAGAGACAAACUAGCUGAACACUUCCAGAAGAUGUGGUUAAAAGAAAAAGAAGAAAGAGAGGCGAUGGAAGUCCAAACAUCAGAACAAUAUCGCCGCUACUUACACCAGAAACGAGUUCAGGAUAGAAGAUGGUAUGAAUUUCGUUCGAUGCAGCAGGAGGCCGUACAGCAGGCUAAGAGAGAGCAAUUGAUGUACUGCAUACAUCAUAAAGCACAGAAAAGCGCAGAGUUUAGAGCACGGAAAGAGGAUAGGGAGAUAAUGAAAGUAAUAGAUAGAUCGAUGGAGGAAGAAGCUCGUUUAUGUCUGGCUGCAGAGCGGCGACUGCGACUCAACGCGGCGGACAGUUUGCGGAAAAGAGCUGAACUAUACCAUGCGGAAAGAAAAGAGGACGAUGCCAGACUUAAACGGCGCGCUAUGUUACGAGAUACGGCUAAGCGUGUGGCAAUAAACAACGCCCUAACAAGUUGGGAGACAGCACUACAACGUCACGAGUUAGCCAGCGAGGACGCGGCGCGGCGUGCGACGUACGCGACGAUGUAUGCAAGGAAACGAGCACGUGGUUUUAGAGUGACGCGCGCUAUGGACAAGCGGCGCGCGAGAGCGAGACGUAUAGCUGCUGUCACUGAGCUCAUGCGGGACGCUAUUAGGAAUACCUAGAAACUGUUUUGUAUUUGAAUGCUUUCAUUUACAUAAAAUUUAACAGAUAAUAGAAAUAUAAAAUAAUUGCAAAGGAAACAACAUAGUAUAUAAUAGGCAAUCAAGACUCUUUCAUUUGUCUUUAGGUAUUGUUUCUCUAAACUCCACUAAAACGAUUACUGUCCCAGUUUUAUUAAUAGGAAUUAUAAUGAUUAAAAAUAUUUUAAUUAUGAAAGAAAUAUUAACAUAUGUCAGAAAAAAACUAAGGUUAUAGAAAUAUUGCCUUUUUCUUUGUCCGUUUUGAUAAGUUUUUGUUUAGUGCUUUUCGUAGUGAUAGUGACUUCACAAAUGUACAUUUAAAUUAAGUCACUUGUUAAACUAUUAUGUAUGUAAACUACC